AUGCCACGACCAGAAGGCUAUGCAUCCAUGCAAUUCGACCAAGUCGAAAGCACAGGAAAACAAACAAUGGUAGAAUGCCGCCACUGCAAGAACAAACGCCUUGCCCGCAGUGUCGCAAGUCGAAAAGUAAAGCACCUGCAACAAUGUCCCGAGUUCCAUCGUUACGUAGCCGAAUUAGCUGCCUCUAAUAACGAUGAGUUGAACGAUGUGCCCGAGGAACUCCUGAACGGACCCCAAAGGAGAACUGCCAGCUAUGGAGGAGCAGGUGAGGGAAAUGGAGGAAGCUAUGUGCAACAGCAAACACCCAUCAGGAGACAAUUCGAUAUGUCGUUGCCUACACUGCUGGACGGCCUUGGAAGUGGAAGACAUGAGGCGCUGUCUACACCACUAGACGACGUACGCGAUUGGAACAACGGGCUCGAGACAGAUACACCCAUGAACGACGCCACAACUUCUGAACACACCACUGCACCAGCAACAGCAACAGCACCACAACCACGACCGCGACCUCAAGCUCGCAAUUCUCAUCCCGAAUCUGUGCCAGAACGAGCAGUUGCAUUCGCACAUCGAGCCGCUCAACGAAGGAAGGAGAAGUUGGAUAAUCUGCUAACUCGAGCGAUCUACCAAGGAAGUCUGCCUUUCAACAUCAAUGAUGCGGCUAAACACCCUGCCAUGGCUGAGUUCUUCAAAUUGGUGGACUAUGUUCCUCCAAACAAAAAUAAGAUUGCUGAUGAUGUUUAUGAUCAUACUCAUGAUCAGAGUGAUGCGAUCAUCCCGUAUACCUCGUAG